AAUUACCAAAUCUUCAAAUAAAACUAAUAGUACUUACCAGUAUCUACAUACACCCCGUAGUUUAUGACCAGCUUAGAACGUGGAACGAUAUAUACCCAAGUCGGUAACUUUUGAAAAUCCUCUCCAUACAAAUAAGAUUACAACUUUUUGGAGUACAUAGCUGAUCACAUAUGGCUCAAUAUGGUCCGAGACUGAUAGUACCUAUAGAUGUGAAGAAGAAGCCAAGGGGACAGAAGGUUCCACUUCACAACAGGUGGCACCCGGACAUACCGCCGGUGGCAGAGGCGGUGACGGGAAAGGUUUUCAGAGUUGAGAUGAUGGAUUUUAGCGGCGGCAGUAUUACCAAGGAGUACACCGCCGAUGACAUCAAGAAUGCUGAGCCUUUUGUCGCUCAUUAUCUUAGUGGACCAAUAAGAAUAGUGGACAAGGAUGGGAUUGCAGCUAAGCCAGGGGAUCUUCUGGUGGUUGAAAUCUGCAACUUGGGUCCACUCCAGGGAGAUGAAUGGGGUUACACAGCCACAUUUGAUAGGGAAAAAGGAGGUGGUUUUCUAACUGAUCAUUUUCCUGCUGCAACUAAAGCUAUUUGGUAUUUUGAAGGAAUAUAUGCUUACUCUCCUCACAUACCAGGAGUAAGAUUCCCGGGUUUGACUCACCCGGGAGUAAUCGGAACAGCUCCAUCAAUGGAACUCCUGAACAUUUGGAAUGAAAGGGAGAGACAGAUCGUUGAGAAUGGAGUUGAGUCUUUGAAACUUUGUGAAGUAGUACACCAACGACCAUUGGCCAACUUACCAACUACAAAAGGUUGCCUUCUCGGAAAGAUAGAAGAAGGUACUUCUGAAUGGGAGAAGAUAGGUAGGGAGGCUGCAAGAACAAUACCAGGAAGAGAAAAUGGUGGGAAUUGUGACAUAAAAAACCUCAGCAGAGGGUCGAAGAUCUACCUUCCUGUAUUCGUGGAGGGAGCCAAUCUAAGUACUGGGGACAUGCACUUUUCUCAAGGAGAUGGCGAAAUCUCAUUCUGUGGGGCAAUUGAGAUGAGCGGCUUUCUCGAUCUCAAGUGUGAGAUUAUAAGGGGUGGAAUGAAAGAGUAUCUGACACCAAUGGGGCCAACUCCUCUUCAUGUAAAUCCAAUAUUUGAAAUAGGCCCUGUUGAACCAAGAUUCUCAGAAUGGCUAGUCUUUGAGGGUAUAAGCGUGGAUGAGAGUGGAAGGCAGCAUUUUCUUGACGCAACUGUGGCUUUCAAGCGUGCAGUACUCAAUGCCAUUGACUACCUCUCAAAAUUUGGAUACUCCAAAGAACAGGUCUACCUCCUAUUGUCUUGCUGCCCAUGCGAGGGAAGGAUUUCUGGAAUAGUAGACGCCCCUAAUGCCGUGGCAACCUUGGCAAUUCCAACAGCUAUAUUUGAUCAGGAUAUUCGUCCAAAAGUCGGUAAAGUGCCUGUGGGGCCCCGGGUAGUGAGGACACCAGAUGUUCUGAAAUGUAGUUAUGAUGGAGAUUUGCCCAUGACGAAGAACCCUUCUAGCUCCACCACUUGAACCUCAUACAUGAAAAAAGUCUAGUAUUUGCGUUUAUUAAUGCUAAAUAAAAAGUAAAACUGAGUGCAAGUAGAAUUGGCCUAAUUCACCAAGAGUACCCCUGUAUCAAUGACAAUGUUUUUACAUUAUUAUGUGAAGAAAGUUUUCUUUCUCAA